AUGGCACGCAGUGAACAUGAAAUCAAUGACACGGACGUGAUGGGGGAGAAGGCGGACUUGUCGCAUGAAGAGGUUGCAUAUUUGACACAGCUCACACCUGAGGAGAAAAUACUUGAGAGGAAGCUUCGUCGACGUAUUGAUCUGUUGAUCAUGCCUUUAGUUAUCAUAGUCUAUCUCAUGAAUUAUAUUGACCGAAAUAACUAUGCUGCUGCGAAACUCCAAGGUCUUAUGGAAGAUCUCCAUAUUACUGAUCAGCAAUAUCAAACCGGUCUCUCUGUUUUAUUCGUUGCCUAUAUCUUGAUGCAAGUGCCUUCGAAUCUUCUGCUCAAUUACAUAGGUCGCCCCUCGCUUUACAUCGGAUUUUUUGUUUGUGCAUGGGGUCUUGUUUCCGCACUUACAAGCCAGGUCCAGAGCUAUGGGGGUAUUGUUGCUUGUCGCUUUAUACUAGGUUUGGUCGAAUGUCCCUUCUUUGGUGGGGUCUUGUUCUACCUUUCCAAGUGGUAUACUCAAAAAGAACUUGCCUUCCGAAUGAGUGUUUUCUACUCGGGCUCACUCCUCAGUGGUGCUUUUGGUAACCUGAUCGCUGCCGGCAUCUUGAACGGGUUGGCUGGCGCACACGGCAUAGCCGCCUGGCGCUGGCUCUAUAUCAUCGAAGGCUCUAUCACUUGCUUCAUUGGUUUGAUCAUAUGUGCAGUCCUGCCAGACUUCCCCGACACAUGGCGACUACUCUCGCCCGAAAUGCGAGCGGUCGCUAUAAAGCGACUGGCGAUUGAAGCAGCUGAAGCUGAUGUGGAUGAAGAGGGCGGCAUGAGUCAACUCAAAGGGCUCAAGUUAGCCGUACUAGACAUCAAGACCUGGGUCCUGGCUUUCGCCUACAUGUGCAUUGCCGGUGCAGGUGGAUUCCAAUACUUUUUUCCAACACUGACUGCCACCUUGGGCUACAGCAACUUCAUCUCGUUACUUCUGGUCGCACCGCCAUACAUCUUCCUUGUCUUCUAUAGUCUGCUCCACAGUUGGAUCUCCGAUCAAGUUGGCCAGCGCUUCUGGUUCUUCUUCUAUCCAAUUCCAAUCACAAUCAUCGGAUUCAUCAUCUUCAUGACUGUCGACUCAUUCGGGGUUCGAUACUUCUCGUUCUUUUUGAUGAACGCUACGUUUGCUCAGAAUGGUACUCUGUACUCCUGGAUUGCCAAUGCCUUACCGCGCCCUCCGGCUAAACGUGCUGCUGCUUAUGGUAUUAUCAAUGCUAUUGGAAAUUCGGCUAGUAUAUGGACCCCUUAUACCUACUAUGAUGCGCAGAGACCUUAUUAUCGCGUGGCGCUUGGUAUUUGUAUUGCUUUGCAGGUGCUGGGUGGCCUUGCUAGUGUCUUCUUGUUUUUCACUCUGCGUCUGCUUAACAAGCGUCAGCAGCGGCUUGAGAACGAGGAUGUGCCACUGGAUGAGAGAGAUUUGCGGCGGCUACAACUUACUGCUGACAAUGAAGGGGUUGAUAUCGCGGCUGCUCGGCGAUUGCAGAAGGGGUUCCGGUAUAUGCUUUAG